CAAAGCCAGGGAGUGACCAAAGCCGGAAGUAGAAGGGAGGGAACCUCUUGGCCUGCAUGGGUCGUCUAUCGGCUAUCUUUUCUCUCGGCUCUCGUUGUGUGUGCUGGGGGGAUGGGGCCGUGCCGAGGAUGAGCGACUCCAAAUAUUUACCACUUGGCUAACUAAAUAUCUUUAUUUCCAUACUGAGCAGCAUUCCUCGCUCUUGCACAUAGACAUACUUUUCGAUCACGGAUGAGUUACGGUGGAGUUUGGCCAAAUUGAAGUGGAGUAUCCGUACGUCACGACGCGCUUAAAAAGUCGACAAAAUGUAUUCCUCUCCUGGAGCCACCGAGAUGCAAGAGGGACCCCGUUCCACUGGGUCAACAGGCUCUGACCCCCCUGUUUUAGACCCGCCAUCCUCCCCAGUGCCAGAAUAUGUGUUCAAGCCACCAUCAAGGCCCGACUUUGGCACCAUGGGCAGGACAAUCAAGCUCCAGGCCAACUUCUUUGAAAUGGAAAUCCCCAAAUUGGAGGUCUACCAUUAUGACAUUGACAUCAAGCCUGAGAAAUGCCCCAGGAGGGUCAACCGGGAAAUCGUGGAGCACAUGGUCCAGCACUUUAAAACGCAGAUCUUUGGUGAUCGAAAGCCAGUGUACGACGGGAGGAAGAAUCUCUACACUGCCAUGCCCUUGCCUAUAGGCCGAGACAAGGUGGAGCUCGAGGUGACCAUUCCCGGCGAAGGCAAAGACCGCAGCUUCAAAGUGUCAAUCAAGUGGGUGUCCUGCGUUAGCCUGCAGGCGCUGCACGAGGCGCUGGCGGGGCGGCUGCCCAGCGUCCCAUUUGAGACCGUCCAAGCCUUGGAUGUGGUCAUGAGACAUUUGCCCUCUAUGAGGUACACGCCGGUGGGCCGCUCUUUCUUCACGCCCUCGGAGGGCUGUUCGAACCCCCUCGGUGGCGGCAGAGAGGUGUGGUUUGGCUUCCACCAAUCGGUCAGACCGUCCCUUUGGAAAAUGAUGCUCAACAUCGAUGUUUCUGCCACCGCGUUCUACAAAGCUCAGCCUGUCAUUGAGUUCAUGUGUGAGGUCUUGGAUUUCAAAAGCAUUGAAGAACAACAGAAGCCCUUAACUGACUCGCAACGAGUGAAGUUUACAAAGGAAAUCAAAGGCCUGAAGGUGGAGAUCACUCACUGUGGGCAGAUGAAGAGGAAGUACAGAGUGUGCAAUGUGACCAGAAGACCCGCCAGCCACCAGACGUUCCCCCUGCAGCAGGAGAACGGCCAAACUAUCGAAUGCACAGUAGCACAGUACUUCAAAGACAAGUACAAGCUCAUCCUGAGGUAUCCCCACCUCCCGUGUCUACAGGUGGGGCAGGAGCAGAAGCACACCUACCUACCUCUGGAGGUGUGUAACAUAGUGGCGGGACAGCGCUGCAUCAAAAAGCUGACCGACAAUCAGACCUCCACUAUGAUCCGGGCCACCGCCAGAUCGGCACCUGACCGCCAGGACGAGAUUAGCAAACUGAUGAGAAGUGCCAACUUCAACACUGACCCUUACGUGCGUGAGUUUGGCGUGAUGGUGCGAGACGAGAUGACAGAAGUGAACGGCCGUGUCUUACAAGCACCUUCCAUCCUGUAUGGAGGCAGGAACAAAGCAAUAGCCACACCGAUCCAGGGCGUGUGGGACAUGAGGAACAAGCAGUUCCACACCGGCAUCGAGAUCAAAGUUUGGGCCAUCGCCUGCUUUGCUCCACAGAGGCAGUGUACGGAGCUCCUGCUCAAGGCGUUCACAGAUCAGCUGAGGAAGAUCUCCAGGGAUGCAGGGAUGCCCAUCCAGGGUCAGCCGUGCUUUUGUAAGUACGCCCAGGGAGCGGACAGCGUGGAGCCCAUGUUCAGGCACCUCAAGUACACCUACCAGGGCCUCCAGCUGGUGGUGGUCAUCCUGCCGGGGAAGACGCCCGUCUACGCUGAGGUGAAGCGCGUUGGCGACACGGUGCUCGGCAUGGCCACGCAGUGCGUGCAGGUGAAGAACGUUCAGAAGACGACGCCUCAGACCCUCUCCAACCUCUGUCUGAAGAUCAACGUCAAGCUGGGCGGGGUCAACAACAUCCUCCUCCCGCAGGGCAGGCCGUUGGUCUUCCAGCAGCCCGUGAUCUUCCUCGGUGCCGACGUGACUCACCCUCCCGCGGGAGAUGGGAAGAAGCCGUCCAUUGCUGCGGUUGUCGGCAGUAUGGACGCCCAUCCCAGCAGGUACUGUGCCACGGUGCGGGUGCAGCAGCAUCGGCAGGACAUCAUCCAAGACCUGGCCACCAUGGUGAGGGAGCUGCUCAUCCAAUUCUACAAGUCCACCCGCUUCAAGCCCACCAGGAUCAUCUACUACCGCGACGGCAUCUCCGAGGGCCAGUUCAACCAGAUGCAGGUCCUUCAGCACGAGCUGCUGGCGAUCCGCGAGGCCUGCAUCAAGCUGGAGAAGGACUACCAGCCCGGCAUCACCUUUGUGGUCGUGCAGAAGAGACACCACACAAGACUUUUCUGUAUGGACAGAAACGAGAGGGUUGGCAAGAGCGGCAACAUUCCUGCAGGCACCACAGUGGACACCAAAAUCACUCACCCAUCAGAAUUUGACUUCUACCUUUGCAGUCACGCUGGCAUUCAGGGUACCAGCAGGCCGUCUCACUACCAUGUGCUCUGGGACGACAACCACUUCUCCUCGGACGAGCUGCAGGUCCUCACCUACCAGCUAUGCCACACCUAUGUGCGCUGCACCCGCUCAGUUUCCAUCCCAGCACCAGCUUACUACGCCCAUUUGGUGGCCUUCCGGGCUCGCUAUCACUUGGUGGACAAGGAGCACGACAGUGCUGAGGGCAGUCACACGUCGGGCCAGAGCAACGGGCGCGACCAGCAGGCCUUGGCCAAGGCCGUGCAGAUCCACCAGGACACCCUGCGCACCAUGUACUUUGCCUGAGAGCACACGACUCCAGGUUGGCGUGGGCGAGACCCCACUGACGGAACACACUACCCCUCGCCGGUCUCCAGUGGGCUGUAGAUAGUCCCGGUGGUUUACACGCAGCGAUCUCCCUCCGAAACGGGCCUGCCGGUUACCCAUAGGUCUACAAUUGUACUGCAGCCCCCCCCCGCCCCGAACCUAACCAACAAAGCCAGCUAUUAGACUGUAGGAUGCAAAAGAAUCCCUGUUUAUUGGGGUUUGUGCUGGAAGAGUUUUUUUUUUUUUUUACAUGUGCAUUAUUGUGCGUUUGCAUUUGUCAUAGGGAAAAUAUGUUGCAAAGAACGAAAGGAGACGUUUGGAAGAAAUAUCUAAACUAAUGCGUCGUGCGUAUACAUAUGAGGGGGUUUACAAUUAAGAAAGAAACCAAUUACCCUCCUUCUCCUCUUUGCAUCUGUUUUACAGCGCUGGGUGCUUCAGGGGAGAAGGAUCAAAUUCGUCAAAAGAAAAGGGGGCUGUUCACUGUUCAUAUGCCUAAAGAUCUGCCCCUCCAACAAACAUUAUUUAUCAGCCAAUCAGUGCACUGACCAGAAUGGGUACUUCAAUCAGGACAAGAGUACUUAGUUUAUUGAGAGGGUUGUGUGUGUGUUUUUUUUUUUUUUUUUUUGUGUGUUUUACAUGGGGCACUAUGAUGAAAUGUGCCAUUUGAGACCACCUUUCUGUUGUCGUUUCUGUGUAAAACUAUGAAAAAUUAGACCCAUAUUUGCUGGGUUGUCCACAUUCGUCACUGACGACCAUUAUGCCAAAUCUGGUGACAAUUGCUAAAGGAUUCGUUGCGUCAGAUUUGUCAUCAACCCUUGAACCGACACUUAGUCCAUUCUAGCUGAGGGCUGUUGGGGGUCAGACGGGCGUCUGGAGGACAGCGAUUGUUGGUCUGGACUGAAAUAGUUGCUCCAGUGACCCAGUUCCCAUGCCAAGACGUAGUGUAUUGGGACCGGUUCCCAACCAGGAGAACCUCUUCAUGUAGUCUGAGCCGUGUUGACGAGACCCAUGAUUUAGAAAUCAACAUGGAGGGCCACCUUUUUUUUUUUACCUCCCGUUUUAAAGUCUAAUUAAUUUCAAUCGGUUUUGUAAUGGAUUUGCAUGUAGCGGACUCAGCUUUAGACAUUUGAGAUCGUAGUUAAUUUCUUCCUUUUUACACAUUAACCCUACUUGUAUGUUUGCUUUAAUGUAUAUAGCAGCAGGGCGGUGUUUCCUGCGCUGCGUUUGUCUGGGCGGGAUGUUUGUGUGCCGUCUCAAUAUCAAGGCGUUCGGUACAGUGGAGCAAAAGCUGCACCGCUUCAGAGUUAAACCGAUUGAAAUCCCCUUAAAAACAACAACAACCACAACUAGGGUUUGCUCCGUGAAUCGGGAGCAGUCGUCGCACAAAAGCUUGGGUUUUAUGCAAAUGACUUUUUGUGAGUCUUUAUAUUCUAUAGUAAUGUUGGUAAUGAGGUAUAUUUUGAAUACGCUUUCAGUGGAGGCUGCUGACGAUAUUAUUAUUAUGAAUUCUUUUUAAUGGCCCAUAUGUAGUCUAAAUUAACACUGUCUAUUUGUAUACAGAUUUUAAAUGCAAAUAUUAUCUUGCCUUCUAAGACUGUUACGGUCUUACUAAUAAUUCUAGACAUUUCCUAACAUCCCACCUGCGUUUUACUAAGUUGAGCUAGCGAAUGUUUGUAUAGUCUUGAUUGGAGGCGAGUAGUCCAUAUUUUCUAACUAUGCAUCCUUUUUAACCAAGAGAUUUAGCAGUGGCAUAUCUCCCAUGAAUUAAGGUCAUUUAUAGAGAUAGAUAAUCAGGUUUCUUUUUUUUUUUUUUUUUGGGAAGCAUGUUGCAUUUAGUAGCGUUUCUUAGUGCUUAUCAGCAUCUUCAUGCCUCUCUAACAGGAUGAAGUGUUUAUGGUCAUUUGUAACAUCGUAGGUUUUGUAGCCUGAAUAUUUGGUAUAUCCUUUGUAACACACAGUCUUUCUUAGCCAAACAAGAUUACAAAACUUUUACACGAUUAAUAUUCAAGAGAACUUGGAAGCACAAAGAGGCCAUCUUGAUUCUAGGUGCUAGAGGUUUUCACUGUAAGUCACCUUAAAUCCUCACUGGACUGAUCAUCGAGGCUUUUUAACGUGUACGCUUAAAAAAAGAUGCUUUUGUCAUUUUGAGGAUCUUUUUCUCUCUCUCUCUCUCUCUCUCCCCCUUUUUGACGACCUCUCUGUUGCUCUUUUUACUCAUUACCUGUAAAGCAACUAGAAAUCCGACUGACUGUGUUUUGUGGGGCAUUCAGAAAAAAAAGAAAAAGAAAUCAUGUACUUGAUAUUUACUGUUAUGAUGUCAAUAUUGUUCUAAUCGGUGCUGGUCUCGCAACGUGUAAAUUUGGAUGCACUUUCGAUAGCCGAGCGUUGGAGCGACUCCUCGUAGGCGCGCGCGUUCCUCAUCUGGCGCCGCGACACCGGCGUAAUUGUAUGGAAAUGGCCGUGUGUUCUACCUCUUGUUACCUGUUCAAGUGUUAUGGUAACAUCACACCGCUGGCCAUUUCUGUAUAAUUACCCCUGCUAUCUAUCUAAUUGGCAUUGUGUGAGUGUCGCAUUGACAUUGGAGGUGUUGGAACGUUGGCCGCGGCACGACGGCAAACGCGCUUUUACUCGGUUGAUGUAGUAUUGUGAUAUUUCAUUUGGUGUUUUUACUCAAACUGACAAAAGAGGACGUUUUUUGUUUUUCUUUCUUUUUAGGGUUUUUGAGCGUUGAGCUGUAUGACCAAAUUCCUGCAGUGUGUUUGUACUCGCACGCCUCUUUCCCUGCGUUCUUUCCUUUUAUGCUAUGCACCCCAUGGAAUCAGACUUUUCCACCCGAGCAGUAAGACCACCGAUGCAAAGCCCACGUCAGCUGUGAUCGUUGCAUAUAUCCUUGAGUUGGAGAACACAGUUAAAGUACCCAAGUGGGGCCGAGCCGGAGAGAAAGAGCCUCUUCAGCCGGAAAAAAGGGUUUGCGCAUGUAGAAAAGAGAAGAAAGAAGGUUUUACGGUGUGUGUGUGUGUGUGUGUGUGUGUGAGAGAUUUGAGCCUUCAACCACUUACAGAAUCACCGCAGAGCUAAUUCGUGCUAUCGGGCCAUCGCGCACAAUCUGACUUUUGUUUUUCAAAUUUUUUUUGUGCACGUGUGUCCGUCGAUGGUAACAGAUGCAGCCUGAUGGAGGCGGAGCCCCGUUGUCGGGCGUGUGUGUGCGCGUUUGGAAACGUGAACGUCGUAUUGCGUGGAGGGCGGGAAAGUGGGCGGGUGCUGAAAUCCAGAACGUUUCCGCAGGCGGUCUUUGUAAAUUGUUCUUCUCCCGUUUGUGUUUUAACACAACCUUUUUUUAUACCAGCACCUUGAAAAUAUCAGAUCCCAGCGCCAUUGCUUUCCCCUGGAGAUGGAAGUCAAAAACGUUUGACGAUUUGUUGUUUUUGCACUAAACAAGGAGAGACUGUUGUAGCUGCUGCAGCAUUGAGAGAGUUUAUCCGAUGGUCCACUGGCAGCUUCUUUUCCCCACUUCUGUUGUUUAGAAAAGAGCCGACAUUUGUGGCUCCUCAAAAAGUACAGUCCUCCCUUACAGUUCACGUAGCUUUUCCUUUUCUUACAUAAAUCUGCUUGGUCAUACUGAGCUACAUGGAGACUGUGUGGAGCCAAUAGGUGGAUGCUCCACGCGGGAUGAAGGUGGCGCUUCUCUCCUAGUGGCAAAACCCCGACGGCAUCACUCCACCUCGGUUUGGCCAUUUUUCCGUAGCGUUGAAUGUCCAACAUUAGGAAAGGGCGUCUUGUAGACAUGGCUGGUUUGUAAGCUAAACUGCAUAUCAUCAUUAGCUGAUUUAGGUUUUACAUUUAUUUUAUUGAUUCCAUUUGUUUUCCUCUACUUUAGCAAAUAUCUUUAAGUGUUUGGUUGAAAGAGGCUGGGAUUCAAUUACUCAAAGUCCAACAAUCAGCAGUUUACGUUCCUUUUUUUUUUCUCUCUACCUUUUGAAUGCUAUUGGAAUGAAAUACAGCCUGACUUCCAAUGAAGCAACGACCGAUACAUCCGUUUUUUAGUAAAGUUUCUCCUUUCUGCCUCUCAUCCGUCUCUUGUAGAGAACCUAUUGCUGACAUGAAUAAACCUCUUGUAGAGUAGAACCUAUUUUCCUAUCUCCAAAUAAUAACAAUGAAUGUACUUAGAGCUUGCUUGGUCUGUAGUACCCAGUGCAUUUAUACUAUAUAUGUUUGCUUCUGUGUACAGCCUUUUACUUUUUGUUAUUCCUCUUAUUUAUAGGCUUUUAAUAAUUGCAGAAAGUAUGUUUCUUUUUUUUUUUCUUCUUAUAUUUCAUUGAUUCCUCCCAGCUGGUAUCGUCUUGAUUAACAGGAGGUAUGCAGAUCUUCGGCGGAGAUGUUCCUCCUCUGGGGGUCUGCUGCUGUAGUCUCAGGAGGCAAACGUUGUACACUGUUGCAAAGCGUGGUCAUCUUUUCUGUUUCUGCCGUCAUGCUGGUCUGGGUAGCUGUAACAUAUAAGAGCUGUGUGUGUGUGUGUGUAUAUGUAUAUAUGUGUGUGUGGGUAUGUGUGUAUAUAUAUAUAUAUAUACAUAUAUGAUGGUUGCUAUGGUGUUUGCUGUUAGAUUUUUGGCGUCUGCCCUCUGCUCUGAUAUUCCUGUCCUGUAAAAUCUUCCCAAAGUUCAGCUCACUAACUUUUUAGCGCUGGGACACUUGAAAGCUAAAGGUUUUUUGUUUGAGUUUUGCUUCUGUUCCUUACUUAUUUAAAAAAUAAUAAUUUGGAGAUUGUAUUCCUAUACAUGUUUUUGUUUUUUUCCCCCGGGUCUUGAAAAGCACAGUUUGUUAAUUGGAUGGAUUGCAUGGCAGUCGUCUGGCUUCCGCGAGUAUACGUUUCCUCUUCCUGGAUCACUUUGUCCUUGAUAGCCUCUUAUCAUGCCAAUUUCCUCCUGAUUACCUGAUUUUUAACGUGUUUUUAAGCUACAAGUCAAACGUAUUGAGCACAAAUUCAAAUGGGGUACUGGCAGAGCCGGUAAAGAACCAUUAUUCCCAUUAUUCCCUAACGUCCACCGGAUGCAGCCGAGUCACCUUUUGGCUUCUCACUACUUAGGUCUCAGUUUUGGUCUCCAGGCGUUUUUUAAAGAAGUGCCUUGAAGAACAUUUCUAUUGUACUUAUUGAGCAGGUGUUUCCUCUGGUGACCACCAGCAGGUCACGGUUUCCCUUCUGGAAAUAUCCCUCCGCCUCAAUGUACUCAAUGGAUUGGAACAAAACUUUGCAUAAAUUACAUACUCAUUUAUUCCCAACGACAGACCCAUUAUUAUUUUGGCGAAAGAUCGACUUAACUUUUUGAAUUUGUCCAAACGAGGAAUGAAUCUCCUGUGAGCCUCGGCUGUACUUUAUAGUUGGUGCUAAAGAGCAGCUGUAAGCGCUCUACACGCUAGCGAAUGUUAGCAUGCUAACAUAAUAAACUGAGACGGUGACAUUGGUAAACCUUUGUACCUUCUUGUAGUGUGGAGCAUAUUAGCAUUUAGCUAAAUACUUCUGUGCUUCACCCUCGUUCGGCCUUCAUUGGCCCAUCGAGUAGAUCGGCGCGCUUCAGCUGUGUCCGGCGGACAUUUUGGAGCCACGGAGCUUUAGCCUAGCGUCACCUUUCCAAACCAACGCCACCCGACAGAUCUACGUGUAUCCGACCGUGCAACACUCAUUGGUAUUUUUGUAUUUUUUUUCAAAGCAUUUCUUAUCUUCAGAAUGACUUUGCUUUUUAUUUACCAACUUUGAAAGAAAAAAUAAAAAGGAGAAACUACCUCAGAGCCGUGUCAGGUGCUAGCUAAUAUUAGCCCUCGUGGAUGAUAAUGGUAUCAAAACUCAAAUUGUUGUGACCAAACAAAUACAAGCCAAUAUUGUAUCAGAGCACUGUUCUUUUCUUUGACCUUUUUAUUAAAAUGGAGAACCGAGUGAUGGCGUCUGACUGGUUGGUUGCAUUCUGGGGGACCAAAUAUCUGUAAUUGGAGUCUCAUCGUUUCAUGUGAGUCCUUCAACAAAAAAGAAAGCAGCGGAAUCCACCGAGGGCGGUUUGUCGACUAACGUGGCGUCACGGAGCGUCUGCCGUUCACUCCGUCAGCGUGUUCGUAUUCCAGCAGGAAGUAGUCGGGGGGCCUGUUGGUGGUUAGUGUGUCUUUGCGACGGGGGCCAACGCUCCAUAAACAUGUUUCCACUUUUAGCCAUUCAAACGAUACUUUGCGGUGCACUCCACGUGAUCCAAAUGCCAACAGCCCCCACCCGCCCCCCACGCGGUGUCGACCCAGUGCUACGACAAGAUGAUCCUCUCCGCCGCUCCUACGACCAGCCAGACAACAAAAGUUUUUGCAUGAAACAAUUAACAAAGGGAAAUAUAAAUAUUUGAACCUGCUUUCGCCAGGUAACCGAACAGUGCAAACUUCCAACGAAAGGUACACGUGAGGCUCUGUGGCGAAUCACUACAGAGAACUGAAGACACGCAGGGUGUUUGUAGUCCUUUUAUGUGUGCCUUUUUUUUUCUUUUUUUUUUUCGUCGGAUUGCUCUCCACUCCGUCUGCCCUCAAAUUGGGUCUGCGAGUCUUUUGACGAAAAUCUGCUGCGCCACAUACGAGAAUAAUUUCCAUCUUUUUGAUUUUCCGUGCAACCUUGCGUGUAGAUGCUGCAUAGAACGAUCAGUAUUUGUGUUUUGCACUUUCAAAAGCAGUCUCAAAAAGUAAAAAGAAAUAACUGACGAGGUAUUUUAUGGUAUCAAUAGGAAUUAUAAGGAAUAAUAUGACUUUGAAGAGCUUUUCUAAAAAGGUUGGUAUAUCUAUAUAUAUUCAUGAAGUACCUCACAAGCCUGAUAUAUGCUGCAUUUACUUUUUUUUUCUGUAAUGUACUUCAUAUUGUCCAAUACAUUUUUUUCCAUUUCCCCCAUUUGGGAGGUUUGAAUGUCACUACUGGCUGUGCACGCGCCUCAACCAGUGAAUCGUAACAGGAGGGCGUUAACACUUCGCGGCCAAAUGAUGAUGUCAUUUAUGCAAUUUCUACGCAAAUCAGAUCAUCACAUGUAGCUGCAUCAUAUUUCUGUCCUUUUGUCUUUUUUAUUUAUAUAUAUAUAUAUAUAUAUAUAUAUAUAAUCGGUGUAGCCAAAAAAAUGAUCGGGUUUAGUUGACGACGAGUUGACGCUCACAAAGCGUCCAGCGAGGCUCUGUGGUAAAACACGACUGUUGACUCAGGUAUUGUCUUUAAAGGGCUGUAUCUGCUUACUGUGUCCCUGCCCCUUAUCGCCCCCCUGUCCCGCCACCUGCACCGGUGUCUUAAAACAGCCUUCGAUCUAUACGCAAGGUUCCUAUUUGGCCUUAAAGUUGAGCAAAUGACGCGCUUCAAUUUCACCGUCUUGGAAGAGAGCUGGAUUCCCAUCCAGACACCACGUUCUCCUGUUCUUCGCGUCUCGUUAUCUACCUCCUCUGAAUGUAGCGGCUUUUCUGGAAUUGUAGUCUACUCAUUCAAGGAAAAGAGACAAUCUUCUUUUAGUUUUUUUUUCCCUCUUGGGCCAUUUUCAUUUUCUGCAUUGUGUUUUUUCCCCUUUUGAAGCAAAGUGACCAAAGUCUCUUGGCAAAGGCAGCCCUGCACAGCCGUGUGAAUUCAAACCUCCCUCCAAGUGUCAUUUUGAGCUCAGAGUUGUAUUUUUUUUCUCUCCCUCACUUUUCCGUUUAUUUAAACCAAGACAUGCCAAAACUGAAUUUGCUGUCAUUCCUGUUCUGAUGAGGGUCUUUUAUGUUGCCGAUUUUUAAAUUGUUCACAUCCACUGCUAAGCUCCUCGUGUCUUGUUGUUGUAAAGGUGUCAGCUUUGAUUUCUAUUCUACAUUUCCUUAUUUUUGUUAACAAUAAUGCUUACACAACACAAGAUAUGCUGUAAACCCCGUUAGGACAUAAUGUGAAUACGUAUCACUUAAUAUAGUUCACUUUUUGGCUUGACUGUAAGUUGCGUUAAUUAAUAAAAUGUUUCAAGUUUU